AUGACUAUACGAGAGCUUGUGUUUGAGGUGCAUUACGGUGGUAAGAUUAAUAGGGGGUUUACGAACACAUAUGUGGGGGGUGACGUAGAUCUGCAUGAUGAGACGUAUGACGAGGAUAAGUUGUCAUUUUUUGAGAUUGAGGGAAUAGUAAAAAAAUAUGGAUACAAGUCAAGGGAUUUGCUGUAUUACUUAGAGCCAGGUUGUAGUUUUCAAGGUGGUUUGAAAUUAAUUUCAUCAGAUCAUAAUGUCUUGGAAAUGGUUGCUGCACAUAAAGGGGCACCGGUUAUUGAGUUGUACCUUGUUUCAUUUAAUGAGCCUGCAGUUAAUGAUGAUGAAUAUGAAGACGACAAUGAUGAUGAUGAUGGUGAACAUGGUGAAAAUAAUAGGAUUGAUCGAGAUGAUCCUUAUUGGGAAGAAGUUUUCGAAUCGGACUUGUUUGAUGAAGAUAACAACCUCCUUGGGCCAUCCAUGGCAAGGGGAAAUGUUGAGGAGGGUGGUGUUGAGGGUAAUGAGGAGGGUGAUGGGGAGGGUAAUGAGGGUGAUGAUGGGGAUGAGGAUAAUGAUGAGGAGGAUGAGAGUGAUGAGGUGGCGCAGGAUGAUAACUAA